AACUAUUUAAGAUGAGGUGUCCUGCACUUUACAGCAACUGAAAACCUCUCAAGUGCUGCAGAAUGGACUGAGACAACUUCUGGGAAGGCCAUGGAUAAGCAGAGAAUGCUUCCUAAAAACAGAAAGUUUGGAUCAAGUCAUUGGAAGAAAAGAAAAGGCAGAUACAGAAGCAUGCAAAUGUCUCCGAUUUUGGAAGAAGAGCUAUUCCCUUCUGAAAUAUUGAAAAAGAUUCAGGACUUCUUUCAGGAAUGUGAUGAGAACAAAAAGGGUGUUAUUACACGUGUGGAUAUGCAGAAAUUGAAAGAGGAAGACUUACCCUGGAGCACAGAAGAGCUGGAGCUGGUCUUUGAUGGCCUUGAUUCUGAUGGCCAGGGAUACCUAACCAUUCAGGAGUUCAUUGCAGGGCUCAGUAUGCAUUAGUUUAGAAUGCUACAUAGUGGACUGGUUGUGCUAAUGUUAAGGUAGUAAGGUCCAUAUUCUGAGCU